AUGACAACUUGCUUUGCGCGCGCUUCUAAGGCAGUGCUCCUGCUGGCACUUUGUUUCAUCGUGGUGUAUAAAGCCGAAGCAUCCAGUCCUCAGCACACUUGCAGCUAUCCUCGAGCUUGCGCCAAUCCGGGCAAUCCCGACCCCAGCCAUACCGUGACUUCGACAGCCCGGUACAACCCGACCACCGGGCAGUGCGAGACCAUCCCUGCCGUCACCGGGCCUCACAGCUGCGACAAGUUCCCGACCCUCGCCGACUGCCAGAAGAACUGCGGAACUGUCGCGUAG